AUGAGAGACGACGACUUUGAACUCGCUAUUAAGGUUGUCAUUGUGGGCAAUGGUGUGGUCGGCAAGAGUUCAAUGAUACAGCGGUUCUGUAGAGGAUUGUUCACUAAUGAGUACAAGAAGACACUUGGCGUGGAUUUUAUGGAAAGAAAAAUCCGCGUCAAAUCGGAUAAUAUAAGACUAAUGCUUUGGGACACAGCGGGACAAGAAGAGUUUGAUGCCAUAACUAAAGCCUAUUAUCGAGGUGCCAAUGCCUGCGUUAUAGUCUUUUCGACAACAGAUCGCCAAUCGUUUCUGAGUAUUGAAAAAUGGAAAAAGAAAGUCGAGUACGAAUGCGGUGACAUACCGAUGGCCAUUGUCCACAAUAAGAUCGAUUUGUCCCAUCAGAGUGUUGUCACCCGCGAGGAAGCCGAGUCGUUGGCCAAACGAUAUCAUUGUAAACUAUUCAGGACUUCCGUCAAAGACAAUAUUAAUGUUGAAAAUGUAUUUCAUUUCCUCGCCGAGUCUUAUAUGGAAUCAAUCAACGAUGACAACAACAGUGUCGAUGAAGAACCAGUUUUCAAGUCAUUAAACAAUACAUCCUAUUAUUCGACGCCUGUAUUGUCGUCGCCGCCAAACAACAUAAUGCCAACACUUCGCGCAAAUACAUCAUCGUUUGGCACAAAUUCACUAUAUCACCAGCGAUCGGGACACCACUACAUGACUAACUAUCGGCAACAACCACAACACCAGCAAAGACAACAACAAAACAACUAUAAAAUGGGUUACAAUUACUUUAAUAAUACUUCAACCGUCGGCCGUGGUAUUGUUGGUGUACCGUCGCAACUAUCGUUGAGCAGUAAUGCCAUACUAAGUCAUUAUCGAUAUAAAGGCAAAUACGGUGGCGGCGGCGGUAUAGGCGGACUACCGGUGCGACCAUUACCGACACAAAGAUACAGCAAUAUUAUCAACAAUAAACACCACAACAAUAACAACAAUAACAGCUCAUCCAUUGUCCUACACCACAGACCUCAAUCACAGUACGAACAACUGUUGGCCAAACACUCGCUUCAUAACAAUUAUAUCUACGGCAGCGGUGGUCGACCCUAUCAGACAACGACCAACACAUCAUCAAACAAUUCAUUUCUCAAGACGUGUCGUAUAUUUUAG